CGAUGCGACUCUGACGUCAUUUCCGUGCGCCCAGCCUCCCUGACAGUGAAGAAGGAGAGAUGGCUGCAAGGUUACUGCUCCGCUCCGCCGCUAGAGCCGCGGUGGCCUGCCACUCUGCCCGGACCCCCGCUCUGAGCCGCGGCAUGGCGGCAGGAGGGAUUCCCACUGAUGAAGAGCAGGCCACAGGGCUGGAAAAGGUCAUCAUGAAGGCCAUGAAGCAGGGCGAGGACCCCUACAACAUGAUGAAGCCAAAGCACUAUGCAGGCUCCAAGGCCGACCCCCACCUAGUUCCCUCCAUCACGAACAAGAGGAUUGUGGGAUGCGUGUGUGAGGAGGACAACACAGCCGUGGUCUGGUUCUGGCUCCAUGAGGGCGAGGCCCAGCGCUGCCCAUCCUGCGGCGCCCACUACAAGCUGGUUCCCCAUGAGCUCCCCCACUGACCCACCACCACCUCCUCCUCCUGCGGAGCGAGUGGCACUGUCCGCUUCCCGCCAUCUCCUACUUGACGUACCUGCUGACCUCAUCAGUCGUUGCUUACACGUUACAUGUACUCGGGAUCAGACACGUUCGGGGAACAAAGAGUUUCUUCAGACAUUUCCAUUCAGUCAGUUUACACACACACUUGUACUGCACACGUUACACUCCUCCCAUCUCCCAGGAGCAGCCAAUAAACUUAACCUUCUGUUUGUGGGCAUCUCUUCUUCCUGUUUUUCUUAGUUAACCAUGAUUAAUGUGUUUUACAUCAAACUUCUGGACUUGUGCUUGUAGUGUGAGUGAACUGUUCCUUUAACAAUAAAGUUCUGUUUAUCCUGAA